GUACAGUGUCCAUUCUUCCCGGAAGAAGUCCAGGUCGGCCAUCUUUGCUCAGCAGCUGUCAGUUUUCCCGCCAUGGCGCCCGUUUCCCGCGUUUACGUGCUGUUCGCCGUGUUCGUUAUUUUGGUGGACUGCUGCUAUUCGGCCACGAUCCCGAGGUCCUUCGACCCUCGGCUCUCGGAGGAAAUGGUGAUGACGCCCAAGAAGAGACCCUUCUGCAAUGCUUUCACAGGAUGUGGUCGCAAGCGAUCCCAGGGUGCACCAGGCAUGCCGGUCCAAGAGCUGAUGAGGCAGCGACAGUUUGUAGACGACGACGCCCUAAAUUCAUUCCUGGACUCCGAAAACGCCAUUGAAGAACUCUCCCGCCAAAUCCUGUCCGAAGCCAAACUCUGGGAAGCGAUCCAGGAGGCCAGCGCCGAAAUCGCUCGACGAAAGCAGAAGGAAAUCAACUACAACCAAUAAAUACCGCUGUAUUAAAAAAUUACACCACUGGCUAAAUAUCUAGAUGGCCGUAGCGUUUAGCUCAAGUUUUUAAAUAAUCUCUAAAAGGCUGUACGGUUGUAUUUCUUUGUUGUUAUUUUUGUUGGACCUCAACAUGUUUGACAGUUUAUUCCUUCGUCGUUAUUAAAGUACCGGACCUCAAGCCGUAAAAAUUUAAAAAGUUUUUAAACAACUGUCAAAAAGCGCGCCAACGUUUGACGUUUGCGUUUCUUUCUACGUAAUCUAACAGAAAAUUAAUUUAUUCAAAUUCAAACUCAUGUUUAAUGUAAGGAAGUUGUUUUGUUUUUAAUCUUAAUUAAGUCUAGGGGGUGACAUAGGUUACUUGUAUAGGUAGAUGAUUAUUUACAUAGUUUUUAAGUUCCUUGUUACUGGCUAAUAAAACAUUAUAGCAUUUUUAUAAAAACUUAAAUGA